AUGAGUCUGAAUUUCUUUCGUUUAGUGGGAGACCUCUCCCAUAUCUCUUCGAAAUGCAUAUUGAUAUGGGCCAUUCAUCGAAAUAAGAGCGCCGAAGGCGUCUCAUUACUCACCCAGAUGCUUUAUGCUGCCGUGUUCGUGACCCGAUACCUCGAUCUCUUCCGCGCAGAAGGAUGGAAUAGUUUUUACCUGGUCUCCUUCAAGCUGUUCUAUAUACUCUCGUCCUUCUAUAUCAUCUUCUUGAUGAUGAAGGUCUAUCCCCGGACAAGGGAAAGGGAAAAGGCAUGGAAAUUGGCGCUGUGGUCUCUGGGAGGGUCGCUUGUGUUAGCCCCAAUCCUGCCGGCUUUCUACGGAAGAGGAUACCCCUAUCAUUGGUUCACGGAGAUCUUCUGGACAUUCUCUAUCGUCCUAGAGUCUGUCUGCAUCCUUCCCCAGCUUCUUCUCCUGCGCCAGACCACCGUUCCGACCGUCAUUGAUUCCUACUACCUUGUCACCCUAGGCUCCUACCGAGGCUUCUACAUACUGAACUGGCUUUGGCGCGGUUUCGGAAAGGAACAUUACUGGGAUCCUAUUGCGGUGAUCUUCGGUAUUGUUCAAACCGCAUUUUACCUCGACUUUGCUUGGGUGUACUAUUCACGCCAGCGUGUGAAGCUUCGCCAGGGUGGGGUGGUCGACUCGGAAGACUUCAGCAAGAGCUGGCUGGUCAACAAAGUGUUGAACUUCCGAUCACGAAAAAGCACCGAUGAAGAGCAGGACUUGCAUGAUGGGGAUGUAGAAAACCAACCAGGAACGGACGCCAGGCCUAGUAACAACCGCUGGGGAGCUAGGGGCAUUUCCAUUUCUGCCGAUGAUACAUUGGACAACCAGAGUCGCCCUGGACCUCACGCGGACGAUGAUGGGUUGGAGGGAAUCCUUGAUGAUGAGGACAGCGGGUCGGACGAGCAGGGCCCGCACAAGUCGUCGCCCGUUAGUGGCCACGGUUGA